AUGGACACUGAACGCCGCUCAUCUUCACCAGAAUUGGAACCCCAACCAAUCCACCGUCUUCAAGAAGCAGUAAUCAACCGAAUCGCUGCAGGAGAAAUCAUUCAUAGGCCGGCCUCAGCCCUUAAAGAACUCAUCGAGAAUAGCCUUGAUGCUGGGUCAACUUCAAUACGAGUCACUGUUAAAGAAGGUGGUAUGAAACUUCUACAAAUUCAGGAUAAUGGAAGUGGUAUACGGAAAGCAGAUCUGCCCAUUUUGGCUGAAAGAUUUACAACAUCGAAAUUAUCCACUUUCUCCGAUUUAACACGACUCACAACAUAUGGGUUUCGUGGAGAAGCUCUGGCAUCUAUUUCGCAUGUUGCCCAUUUGUCAAUCAUCACCAAGACCAAGAAAGAUGCCUGUGCUUGGAAGGCAGCCUAUUCUGACGGCUCCCUAGCUCCCAUCAAGGCAGGACAGACAGUAGAUCCAAAACCAUGUGCUGGUAAUGAUGGAACGACUAUAACAAUUGAGGACUUAUUCUACAACACUCCUACCCGCUUAUCUGCUUUGCGAAGCUCGUCCGAAGAGUAUUCUCGAAUACUCGACGUAAUGACAAGGUAUGCUGUGCAUAAUCCUAAGAUAGCUUUCGUAUGUAAGAAGGCGGGGUCACCUAGCUUAGAUCUGUCUACUCCUUCUUCUUCGGACGUUCCUCAAGCAAUACGUCUGUUAUAUAGUCAUUCAAUCGCCAAGGAGUUGCUACAUGAGUCAAUAUCGUCUACGGGUAACAGUCAACGAGACGACGACGAAAAUGACGAUAUCGAUGAUACCCCCAAGUCAUGGUCUGCUGAUGUCCAUUUUACGAACGCGAACUAUCAGGCCAAGAAAAUGGUGUUUUUGUUGUUCAUAAACCACCGACUUGUUGAAUCUUCACGUAUCAAAAGAAGCAUCGAAUCAGUUUACAGUGGUGUCCUCCCAAAAGGUGCUUCACCGUUUGUUUAUUUGAGCCUGGAAAUUGACCCGCGUUCUGUGGACGUCAAUGUCCAUCCAACUAAACGAGAAGUUCAUUUCCUCGAUGAAGAAGCUAUAAUGGAAAAAAUAGCAGAUGCCAUUCAGAAAACACUAGCCGGCCAGAGUCAGUCUAGAAUUUUCGAGUACCAGGUAAUCUCAUCCAGUCGUUUGGGAGAGCCGAAGAAGAAAAUUUCGUCUCAACACAAGGUUCGCACGUCCUUACAAGAUCGCACACUGGAUUCCAUGUUUCCGAUCGCCGACCCACUAAUAUUGGACGACCCACUGGCCAGUACUGACCAUAACAGCCCUAGUACUAGUGCUGUUAAGGUCGCAGAAAUCAAAGAGUCUGCUGUUGCUCUGUGUUCUGUGCAGACACUGAGACAGGCAGUAGUCACAGGAAAACAUCAUCAAUUGACCGAGAUUAUCGGGAAGCACACGUUUGUUGGUUUUGUUGACCUUCCUCGCUGCCUUUCCCUCGUUCAACAUUCUACGAAGUUAUAUUUGGUAAACUAUGGAGCCCUUGCAGAAGAACUCUUUUAUCAACUGGGUUUGCGGCAGUUUGCUAAUUUUGGAAAAUUGAAACUGGAUCCUCCACCCCCAUUAAGAACAUUGGUAUCGCUUGCAGUCGACAACGAGGAAGGGAUUGAGAAUAGCCGUUUGACUAAAAGUCAGAUAGUUGACCAUAUAGUGGAGAUAUUGAUGAGACAUAGAGACAUGCUUGCAGAGUACUUUCAACUGCAUUUUGACACGGAAGGAAUGGUCGUGUGUCUCCCUCUUCUUCUGAGAGAUUACACGCCCAAUCUCGACAAGCUUCCGCUGUUUCUCAUGCGGCUUGGUGCUCAGGUUCGGUGGGGCUCCGAAAGUGAAUGUUUCAUCUCAUUUUUACGCGAGCUAGCUUAUUUCUAUUCCCCUGGACCGCUUCCUGUCACCCCUACCCACGAUUCGGAAGGUCCGAGCGACCAGAAUGAGGCACGAGAGAAGUCAGCUAAAUGGCAAAUUCAAUAUAUCUUGUUUCCGACGAUGAGGCGUUACCUUUCACCGCCGAAGUAUCUGUUGGAUAGAGAUGUUGUUCAAGUAGCGAGCCUUCCUGAUCUUUACCGCGUAUUCGAGAGGUGCUAG